AUCCUCGUGUGGAUUUCGGCCAUCUCUCACGCGCACGACGCGACUCCAUGGACCCAUCGCUCCAGCGCACGUUCCGUGGCCACAAGUCGGGGGUAGAAUGCCUUUCUUACAACCCAAACAUGCGGCAGUUGGCGUCAGGGUCUCUUGACUGCACAGUGAUGAUCUGGAAUUUCAAGCCCCAAAUGCGUGCGUUUCGAUUCCUCGGACACAAGGGUCCUGUGUUUGACGUGCAGUUCGCACCAUCGGGGGACUUGCUCGCGUCAGCAUCGCAGGACCGAUCUGUGCGUCUGUGGAUACCGACAGUAAAGGGCGAGUCGCACAUGAUCAAGGGACAUGCCGGCGGUGUGCGGAGUGUGGACUUUUCUUACGACUCGGCCGAGCUCCUCACGGCGUCCGACGACAAAUCCAUCAAACUCUGGAGCUUGCCCACGCGGCGAUUUGUGUGCUCGUGGAAUGGGCAUAGCAACUGGGUUCGGUCUGCUCGAUUCAGUCCAGACGCGCGUGUGUUGGUGUCAGGCAGCGACGACAAAACAGUCAAAGUAUGGGAUAAGGCGACACGUAAUUGCCUUGCAACGUUUUUCGACCACAGCGGGAUCAUUAACGCCGUCCGCUUCCACCCCGACGGCAACACGGUUGGCGCGUGCAGCUAUGACCACACUUUCAACCUUUGGGACGUUCGAUCGCACAAGCUGAUCCAGCACUACCCGGCGCAUGACGCAAGCGUCACCUGCAUUGACUUUCACCCGUCCGGGAAUUACAUCGCAUCCACGUCGACGGAUGGUACGAUUAAGUUGUGGGACGUCCGCGAAGGCCACCUCCUCUAUACCAUGCACGGCCACAACGGCGCCGUCAACUGCGCCACGUUCUCGUCCGACUCCAAGUUUACCGCAACGGGAUCGGUCGAUGCGCUGGUCAUGCUGUGGGACACGGAUCUGGACAAGUGCUUGCACGCAAAUGACUCGCACUUCCCCGUCGCCUUGCCGAAGUCCAAAGUGCUCAAGCACAUCAACCAAACUCCCCACGCGACAUCUCCUCGGUCGAGUUUGUCGACAGCAGCGCUGCCACUUCCAACGCCGUCGGUAGAGCACCAUGAGAGCCCGUCCUCCCAACCCAAUCGGCCGUUUGUCACGCAAUCGCCGGCGCCGCGUGUAUCACCAGCAACUCCGCCGGCCUACACCUCCGCCAGACAGCACCAUCGCACGCCAAGCCAAGACUACCUGAAUCCGUCCGCCAUCCUCCCCACACCUCCAUUCCAUCGCCAGUCGAAUGAGUUCCAAACGGAUCGUGAAGACGCGUACGACAUUCAAGAUGUUCAUGCGGCUCCGUCGGCGCCACCGUCGCCCGAAGCAAGACAAUCUCCCCUACCGCAACAGCAACGUGUCAUGCCGCUUCCAGUCCCCUCGUCCACUUCACGGCGGGGAUCAACAGCCUCACCAACGCCGUCAUCCAUCCACGGCGCGACCGACGAGUCGCCGCUACCAGACCACGUUACUGCAACCUUCGACCACAUCGUCGGGCAGCUGGAAAUCAUCACGCGGACACUCGGGAUUUUGGAAGAGCGUCUGUGUCACGUCGAGGACCGCAUGUCCGACGUGACGAGGGUGCAGAGCCAGGUCUUGCGAAUGCUGAACGCGACCCAGCUGAAUCCACCGCAGCAAGGCGAGAGUUUGCCGCAUGCGGAGUGACGUCGUUUUUAUCGGCAUAGUUUCAAAACAGUACAAAAGCAAGUUCAGACUUGUUUUGUUGAACGGGGUUGGCGAUGUUGAUGGGCAAUCAGUCGUGGUGGUCGUCAGUCCAG